CGACAUCCGAAUGGAUCCAAUUUUUCAAGGACGCCGGGAUCCCCCCCGGCCCCGCCGUUAGUUACGCCUUCACCUUUGUGGACAACAGGAUCCAGAAGAACAUGUUGUUGGACCUCAACAAGGAGAUCAUGAACGAGUUGGGCAUCACGGUGGUUGGUGACAUCAUCGCCAUCCUCAAACACGCCAAAAUCGUUUACCAACAGGAGAUGUGCAAAGCAGCCACCGAAUCACUCAACCCCAACUCAACCGUUGGCCAAACCGAUCUCCGCCGCAACGUCAACAGCGCCGCCAGCAGGAUGAUCGCCAACAGUUUGAGUCGCGAUUCUCCGGCCGCCGUCCCGCCCCGAGCGCGGCCGCACGCCGCCAAGAUCUCCGUCACCGUCUCCAACAAAAUGGCCGCCAGCAGAGCGGGUGAACUGACGACGCCAGAGGAGAACCCGGUGGUGCCGGCGAAACGCCGGCGGGUGACGGCGGAAAUGGAGGGGAAAUACAUCAUCAGCAUGCCCAAGGGCACCACGCCCCGCACCAGGAGAAUCCUGGAGCAGCAGGCGGCCAGAGGUCUGCAGAGAACGUCCGUGUUCGAGCGGCUGGGAGCCGAGGCCAAAGCCGACACCACGGCGGGGGGAAAGCCCACAGGUGUCUUCAGUCGAUUGGGUGACACUUUGGGGACAGAAGGUGACAAAGCCACCGAGAGCGACGAUGAUGAUGACGAUGAUGAUUGUUCUGUCCUUCAAUACGCCGGCGUCUUAAAGAAACUCGCCCAACCGGGGAGGACGAUGGCGAUGACGACAGUUGGGUCAACACCAACAGUUGGGUCAACGAGAGUUGGGUCAACACCAACAGUUGGGUCAACAAGAGUUGGGUCAACACCAACAGUUGGGUCAAUGAGAGUUGGGUCAACGAGAGUUGGGUCAACAAGAGUUGGGUCAAUGGGUGUUGGGUCAACAAGAGUUGAGUCAAGGGGUGUUGAGUCAACGAGAGUUGGGUCAAUGGGUGUUGGGUUAACAGGUGUUGGGUCAACAAGAGUUGGGUCAAUAGGUGUUGAGUCAACAAGAGUUGGGUCAAUGGGAGUUGGGUCAACAAGAGUUGGGUCAAGGGGUGUUGAGUCAAUGAGUGUUGAGUCAACGGGUGUUGGGUCAACAAGAGUUGGGUCAAUAGGUGUUGAGUCAACAAGAGUUGGGUCAAUGGGAGUUGGGUCAACAAGAGUUGGGUCAAGGGGUGUUGAGUCAAUGAGUGUUGAGUCAACGGGUGUUGGGUCAACAAGAGUUGGGUCAAUGAGCGUUGAGUCAACGAGUGUUGGGUCACCAACCAUUGGGUCCAGGGUUGUUGGGUCAACGAGUGUUGGGUCAACGAGUGUUGGGUCAACGAGUGUUGGGUCAACAAGAGUUGGGUCAACGAGUGUUGGGUCAACAAGAGUUGGGUCAACGAGUGUUGGGUCAACAAGAGUUGGGUCAACAAGCGUUGGGUCAAUGACCAUCAAGUUAAAAGCCACCAGUUCAGAAGCCAAACUGGUCACCAUCCCCACUUCAACCCAACGAUUGACUCCUCGAAACAUCCACCCGCCGAUAAAACCUCAACCAGCACCACCAAAAACCGGGAUUAUGGGGAUUUCUACCCAAUCCCUGGAAACCCCAGAUGAUGAUGACGUCACCACCACCAAGGAGAAGAACCCACCGGAGUUCCGUGUGAUGAUCAAAAGGACUUGGGGGUGUGGGAAGGUCAGUAGCACCAGUGAAAUUCCCGGUGCUCAGAUGGACAGUGCCGGCACCGUCAGCGUGUUUAAACGCUUAGGGAAGAAACCGGAUUAA